AUGGAGCCGGUGGCCUAUGACGAGUGCUUCGUGCCCAUGUCCCCUUCGGCCGCCAGCACCGUCGCCGACGAUGUGGGUCCCGAGGGCUCGUUGGGCUCGCGGCGCUCUGAGCUGCCCAAUGAGGACACAGAUGGCGAUGCGCCCACGGAGUGCCCAAAGGGGCCGGCCGACUUCUUGCCCUCCCAGGGCAGCACGCUGCUGCGUGCCAAGGCCCUCACGAAGCUGGCGCUGGAUGCGGCCUGCAACCGCCCCCGCGCCGAGGAAAAGUCCCAGGUCCGGCGGCUGCGGGAGGAGUGCCAGGCGGCGCGGCGCCGCAUCUCGUGCAACGCGAGCUCUGUGAAGGCCACCUGGGCCACCGGCCGGGCUUUGGAGGCGGCGCUUUUGCAGCUGGAGGCGGCCAGGGGCCGCCUUCGCGCGGCGCGGAAGGGCCAGCAGCUGGCAGUGUGCCGCCAGCGCCUGGAGGCGGUGAACGCUAUGGAGGAGGCCACCGACCUGCUGGAGGCGCUGCAGACGGAGCGGGAGGCGCUGCAACUGCUGCGCCGGGAGCUGGAUGCGCUGGACCGAGAGGUGGCGGCCAGUGUGGAGGCGGGCGCCGAGCUCCACGGGCGCCUCAGGAAGGAUUUGGCCAGCCGGCGCCGGGACUUGCGGGCGGAGGAGGCCGGCGUGGAGUUUUGGGCGCGGAAGGCGAAGCAGGCGGAGGAGGAGGCCAAGCUGCUGUGCCGGAAGGUGGUGGAGACCAUCCAGUGGACUGACCUGGAAUGCUGCAAGGCCUCGCAGGCGGUGCAGCUCUGCCUGGCGCGGCUGCUGGAGCAGCACCAGCUGCGGCGCCGCCGCUACGAUGCCCAGCUCAAGGAGCUGGAGGUUGCCAUCUCCUGUGCCACUUGGACCACCAGAGAGCGACCCAGGAGUGGAAAUAACAACAGCGAGUCGGCAGAGGCGCAGAGGGCCAGGGUGAUCCUUUACGAGCUGAACACCAGCCAAAAGCACUUGAAGGCCUUGGUGCAGCAGUGCAAGAAGAACUUGCGCCUGCUCGAGGCCUGCAAGAACCCCGCCCUGGUCAAGUCGACCUCCAAGGACCUGCGCCCGGUCCCCCGGGACGCCCAAAGCGGCCUCGGCGGGCCCAGCGGGUCCAACGGUUCCAACGGCGCGCGAGAGCCCCGCGCACGGCCCAGUAGCGCACCCAGCUGCCGACCCAUGAGACGCAGCGCGAGUGCUGCGGAGCUGCGACCAGAGGACGACUUGCAGGACCUGUGGCACCUGCGCUUCGAGGAGCGCGAGCUGCGCAGCGAGCUGCGGACCUGCGAGGACGGCGUGGAGCGCUGCGCGGCCUGGGCCAAGGUCUUGGCGGACCUGGAGGACGAGGUGACAGAGACAAUGCUCCGCAGGGGCGGGUUCCGUGGCCUGUGA